AUGGCUACUUUAAUGGGCGGUGGUGCCUGGCUGCGGCUCAUCACAUUGCCGCUUGUGCUGGAGCUACUGCUAUUGUUGUUAUUGCUAUUUGCGAAUGCGGUCGAAGCGAAGAAGACUACUAUUACCCCGGCGCCGUCGCGUCUAACUGCCGUGCCUCGCCGUACAACGCUGUCCGGCGCGGACGUGAGCUGGGGCGUGCUGACGCUGGGCGAUGCGCCGCUUACGACUGACUACCUCGGUGGGCCUCGGUGGGGACGCACGUAUACUUAUUAUACUACGUCCACCACCACCACCACCACCACCAUCGGUGCAGCAGAUAGUAGUGUGAGCACCACUAUAUCCUCGGAAAGUAAUACACCUACUGCGGCUACGACUGGUACUAGGACUGGGGAUGGGAAUGCGGGAGGAGCAGGAGGAGGAGGAGGUAAUGCGGCGGCGACGGGGAAGGGUAGGCCGAAGAAGUCGGGUGCGAGGAUGGGCGUAGGAGUGGAAGGGGUGUGGAAAGGGGGAGUGGUGUUGAUGGGUUUAGUGGCUGUUUUGUUAUGGUGAGGUGAUGUGAUGUGACAAAGUGAUAUACGUAUAUGAAUGUGUAAAUGAAUUAAUGGAAUGGG